AUGGCUCGACUCGGGGUAGCAAAGGUUAAGACGGGCUGUGUAACCUGCAAAAUCCGAAGAGUCAAAUGUGAUGAAGCACGCCCGGCAUGCAACAGGUGCGUCAGCACGGGCCGGAGAUGCGAUGGCUACGUGACACCGCCAACGGGGACAUAUUCAUGGGCUCAGCUGCUCCGCAUCCAUCCGCCUCCGACCCAGGCCGCAUCGGACGCAGAACUCCGGGCCUUGAGUUUCUUCCGCAAAGUCGUCGCCCCCGUCUUGUCCGGGCCCUUGGAUAGUUACUUCUGGACUCAUCUUGUCUCUCAGGUCUCUCAUCAGGAGCUUGCUGCGAAACAUGCCGCAUUGGCCAUCAGUUCGCUGUACGAGAAGUUCAAGGAGGAUCCCCUAGACCGGCAUUCGGAGAAGAAUUCCUUUGCGGUUGCGCAUUACAACGAGGCGAUCAAACACCUCCGAACAACAAACAACCAGGAGACGGUCCUGUUUGUGUGCAUCCUCUUCGUUUGUAUCGAUAUGCUCCGUGGCGAAUGCAAGGGUGCCAUCGACCAUUGCAGGCACGGCAUAAACAUCCUCAAUGGUUCCAGGUCUACGUCGCGAUUCGUUCGAGAGCACCUCACGCCGGCUUUCUGUCGCCUUGGAGUGUUCCCUUUCUUCUUCGGUGCCCGACCGGAAACGUUUCCGGCCAUACCAGACUCGUAUCCAGUUCCAGUCCCCCCGUUCUACAAUUUAAAGCAGGUUCAAGCAGCGCUGGACCCGUUACUUGUGCGCGCGAUUCGCUUUGUACGGGCCGCUGACGAAUAUCGCCUUGGUGAUGAGACGCAUCCCAAGCCGGAUAUGUUAACAAUGCAGGAAAGAGAUGAGAUGGACGAGUUGCUAGAUGACUGGGCUGCGGCAUUCCAAGCGUACAUGGUGCAAAAGUCCCCGAAUAAUUGCCAGCGCGCCGCCAUGAGAGAAGAGCUCGUUGAACGCCUACUUGAGAUGAAAUGGCACGUAGGCAAGAUUUGGCUCAGCACGUGUUUUUCUCGCGGCGAAUUGGUAUACGAUCUACAUCUGGACAAGUUCCAACGGAUCAUCGAGCUUGGCCGUGAAGUCGAAACUAUCUUCCGAGAAAUGUGGCAGAGGAUCGGACGGGCCAAGUUCACCUUUGAGAUGGGUUUCAGCCCACUGCUAGGAUUCGUCUUUAUCAAGUGCCGGUCCUUGUCACUGCGAAUCGCCGCUUUGAGUCUCAUGAAGACGAUUGCGCACGAGAGGGAGAACCUCUGGGACUUCAACACUGUUCUGGCGUUCGGACGCAAGAUUGUCGAGUUUGAGCACGAGCUGGACCUCGGACACGAUGAGCAUAUUGCCAAUGUCGUCGAUGACGGGACGUUACCACCGGAAGGACGGCGAAUUAAAGAUUCGGCUAUGCAAGAUGAGGUACGCUUCGUCCACGAGAAGAAUGGCGGUAUCGCUAUGUGGAAGAAGGUCGCUCUCUUGAUGAGGGAGCACGGAGGGCCUAUCACUGUCCAGGAGGAGUGGUUUCGAGAAGGCUACGCCUCACACGCGGCCAGGUCUCAAGCUACCGUGCUGACAUUGCAGGGGUUCACACUCUACAUUGCUAUCAUCGACAAGCUGCGCCCCUUGAGAGUCUACGAUUGGCCUAAGAAUCUCACUUAUAAAGGCGAGAAUGGCAGACUUCGUUGUGAAGAUGAAGAAAAUUCAACAUCAUCAAGCUCAAUUCUCCUCGUCAUUCCACAUCUUUCGACACUCAUCACGAUGCACUUGUCUUGGAUCACGUUGGCCGCGGCUGCGACCGCCCUGGCUUUGCCAUCAGGACCUUCACCCACGCCCACUUUGCCAAAUUCUUUGGCAAAUCGUCAAGACUCUACUGUAACUCCUUCAUCAACAUCAUCUAUUCCGACGGGAGACUUCAUCGCGACAAAGUACAUCACCAUUCCCGGCGUUACGAAUAGCUACGUCACAGUCCCAGCAAAGACCAUCGAUAUCGCCAUCCCAACGUGUGUCCAGACGAUCGAGCCCGAUGCCAAUGGCUACAUCCCACCCGGCGAAUGCGGUGCCAUCUGGAACUACUACCCUAGCUUCGCGGCUGCGGCGGUGUUUGCGGCUCUCUUCGGCAUUUUGACCGCCGUCCACAUCUGGCAGGCCGCCAAGCACAAGAAGAGAUGGUGUUGGGUUAUUAUAAUGGCGAGCAUUUGGGAGACUCUGGCCUUCAUCUUCCGAGCUGCAAGCAGCAAGAAUCAGCAGAGUAACGGCAUCUACCUCGUUUUUCAGAUUUUCAUCUUGCUUGCGCCUAUCUGGGUAAACGCCUUUGCAUACAUGACCUUGGGCCGCAUGAUUUACUUCUUUCACCCCUCGCGCUCUCUCCUCCGCAUUCCCGCCGCAACAUUCGCCGCGAUCUUUGUCGCACUUGACUUCAUAUCAUUUGCUGUUCAACUCACUGGAGGCAGCAUGGCCGGCCCAACAGCGCCACCCGCGGAACAGAUGAAGGCGAUUCAUAUCUACAUGGGCGGUAUCGGACUCCAAGAGUUCUUCAUCCUCAUCUUCGUCGCCCUGGCAUUGAAGUUCCAGGUCGAGAUGCAAAGCCUAGACAAGCUUUCCAGCCUAGACAAGCUUUCCAGGAAGCAAUCCCGCUCCUGGAAACCUCUGCUUUGGGCGCUUUACUUUUCCCUCGGCAUGAUCUCAGUACGGAUCAUCUACCGCCUGAUUGAGUUUUCUUCGGGCCAUGGGAUUGACAAUGUCUUGAUUACACACGAGGCUUACUUCUACGUCUUGGAAGCUUUGCCGAUGCUUCUCGCCAUUGCGGUCUUCAACGUGUACUACAGCGCCAGAGGAAACCUGGUCAGCAGCCCGCUUGGUAACAGACACGGUCAAAUCAGCGUCUCAGCUAUCGUAAUGCCUUCUCAAGAUUCUAGUCCGCCACGGCGGCUUUUCCUCCAGAUGUCAGGAGCGCCGGGCGCGGGCAAAAGCACCACAGCAAAUCUCCUAGCCCAGCCUCUUGAUGCCGUCAUCCUCGAUCUUGACGUUAUCAAGUCCUCUCUCCUCGAUAAUGGGGUACUAUUUGAGCAGGCCGCAAAGCUAGCUUACUCAACGCUCUGGGCGCUCGCCGGCAGCAUGCUCAUACAGGGCCGCAAUCUCAUUGUAGACUGCACCUGCAACUACGAAGAAGUAAUCACUAGUGGGAGAGCCCUGGCGGAAAAAGUAGAUUUUGAGUACUGGUACAUCGAGUGCAGACCUCAAGUCGGCAUUGAUGUGCUAGAUGAGAGAUUGCAGAAGAGGGUAGCGAUGAGAAGUCAGCGUACGGGGAUAUAUAGCCCUCCGGUUGACAGCAAUGCGUGCCAAGGACGAGACGAACAGGAGGCCUUGUUUCGAAGAUGGAUUGAGAACCCGUACAGACCCGACGGCAACGUGGUUGUCGUCGACACUUCGAAGCAUCCAGACGAGUGCCGAGAGCAGGUAUUGGAGGCAAUGGAAAAGUGA